AUGUCGUCCACCAAUGAGACACCACACACCGGGUCGCCUCUGGAUAUGCCCCACCUCCUCCUUCUCACGCUUUCCUACGCGUCCCCACAAACCCUCGGCCGCUGCAUGGCCGUCUCCUCGUUCUGGUACGACGCCGCCACGACCUUCCUCUGGGCGCACAUCUCUUACCGGGUCAAUCGCUUCCUCACGGAUCCCGGAGUCACACCCUUCCUGCCUGUACCAAGCGGUGAUCGCUUCCAGACACUGCGGCGGGCAAAACGGCGGGCGGUGCGGCAUGUACGGGUGGUCGAGGUGCGGACCCACGAUUGCGACGAGAUUGUGUGCGCGCGUAUGAGCUUGCACGGCGCAACACAGGCGGAAAGCGAACAGAUGAAUGGUGCGGCGGAAAGGGAGGAUGGGACGGAAGACAUCAGGAUGGAGACGGAUCAGGAAGUUCAGCGGGUCUCGUACUACCGGCCACCCCACGUCCUCUCCGCGCUUCGGCUGCACUGCGACAAUCUGCACAAACCUCGGCCAAUCCCGUUCCCCUGCCCCUUCGUCGCCCAGCUGGAUACAUAUACCCUCGUCCUCGUACCUAUACGCAAUCUCUCGAUGGAGCGUCCUCUCCCCUUACCCUCCCCGACAUCCCUCCGGAAGCUGGUGCUCCUCCUCAUACCUCCAACACAAGCUCCGGGCGAGUACCGGAUCGCCGACACAAUACCUCCAAGCGUCGAAGAUGUCGUUGUCUAUCUCUGGCGGAGACAUCCCGGGUCAAAAUAUGACAGCUUUCGAGGCGCUUGGGCGGCGCAGAUGGGGCGGAUGAGGUGGGGACCGGACAAGAUCUGGAAUCACUGGUGCAACCUGAUCCUGGCGUCGAGUCCCCCAACUACGGACUGGUCUACCGGAUCGCAUUCGAGGGAACGGAGACGGCGGUAUACUUUCGUCGGCACGGGCAGUGUCGACUCUACGUGGCUGGAUCUAGCGGACAACCCUUCGCUCGUCCCCACUUUUCCCGGCCAAGACGCAGGGGAAGAUCCGGCGGGAUACGGGUUGAUUCAGGAGAAGUUUGAGGAGGGAAUGAGAAAGUGUCUCGAGGCCAAGAUCAGGGCCAAGAGGACGCGUCGUGUGGGGGAGGAGGCGGAGGCGGCGGAGGCCUGGGAGAUGGAGCUCAAGGGAUACCUGGAUAGUAUGCGGUUUCUGAGCAGGGAGGACUACCUGGCGGAGGGCGGCUGGGAGGGUGAGUUCACGAAGGACGAGGUAGUAUACCAUGGGUGA